AUGACAGGUACUUGUGUAAACAGCAUUAAAAUCAUCGGCGUUGGCUCGCUCGGCUUGUUGUCGGGAUCAUUGGCAUACCAGAGCAUCAAGCUCAUCCCCCAACUCAUCGAGGAAGUAUCCUCCUCCGUCUCCAACGCCACUUACUCAAACAUCCGUUUGGGUAAGUUUAUCAGCCGGGUGUUGGUGGGGUUGUCGACCACUUGCUUCUACUUGGCAUAUAAGUAUAGCCCUGGUAAUGAGAAACACCCCUACUUGUUGUACGCUCUCGUUGGGGGUAUUUUAAGUUACGGAUACACCUUCACUACUCGACCAGAUGAUAAGAAGUUGAAAGAGUUUGCCGUUCCCAAGGCCCGUGCUAGCCCUGCGCCAGCGCCGGUCGACCCAGUGGUCCCCCAGUCGGUGACUGACCACGAUGACCUUGGAAAGUCAUAUAUUCAUGUUUCAGAUGAAGAUUCCACUAGUGCCACUUCCACUCCCAACGGGUCUGUCCCCAGUUCACCCAAGGUGGUGCCAGCGCCGGCCGGGGCCGCGUCCGCGCCCGCGCCAGUGUCUGACAUCGAGCACGAAAUCGAUGUAUCGUUAUUCAAGAAAGAUAUGCAGAAUCGUUUGGUCAGAUUGAAGUCUAUCUACUUGAAGGCAGCUGGAGGAGCAGGCUUGACGUUUUUGGUGUCAUUUAUUGGGGUGGUUGGGGAACUUGUUUUAUAG